CACGACUUUAUUGAACUGUGUACGAUUUUAUUCUUUUUGCAGUGUUUGCACAAAUACCAUCGCAAAAUAUCUUGAAGUGUCGCUUAUGUUACAAUGCCACGACAUUAGCCAACUGUUCCUCGAUUAUGUUUUGUAACAAUCAAACACAGGAAUGUUACAUGGAGGAAGUGAUUACCUCGUCCUCUACCAUUGUCUACUAUGGAGGAUGCCGUGCAAUUAGCCACUGUUCAGCUUCGUCGACGGCCAUUGGAAAACGACAAGGUGACUUGAUCUCAUGCUCGGAAUGUUGCAAAAGUGGACAUUUAUGCAAUUCUAAAUUGUGCGGUUUAAUGAACACCACUGUAAGUGAUCAAUGCUACUUCUGUUACUCGGCGGGCUCACACCAAGGUGACAUGACUAAUCCAAGCGAAUGCACUUCUUUAACAACAUGCGAUGUAGACCAGGCCUGUUUUGGGCAAACCAAGCAUCAUCCAGGACAACCUACGAGCAUCAGAUACGGAUGUUUCAACUUUGAGUUAUGCCGCGAUGUGAUGAAAACGGCAUUUGACGAUUUAACCCGAUGCCUUGCACAAAAUGCCAAUUGUGAUACUGAUCAUUCGGGAGUCUGA